AUGGAAGCUUGUCUGAGAUGUUCACGAGGAAGUAAUCUGAUUGAAGCGUUGAGACCAAUCGGAAGAUUCGCCGGUUCUCUCCGCUCUUGUUCUGUCUCUUCUAGCACCGGCAAGAAGCCGAUUAAGAGAGCUUAUGAUGGUUUGUUGCUUGAUGCUGGAGGAACCCUUUUGCAAUUGUCGAAACCUGUUCAUGAAACUUACGCUUCCUUGGGCCAAAAAUAUGRUCUCAAGACAACUCCAGCUGAGAUCAAGCAAGGUUUCAAGAGAGCUUUUGCUGCUCCUUGGCCUGAGAAGUUGCGUUACCAGGGAGAUGGAAGACCGUUUUGGAAGCUCGUUGUUUCAGAGGCUACUGGUUGUUCUGAUAAUGACUACUUUGAAGAAGUCUACCAAUAUUACGCGAAUAGUGAGGCGUGGCAUCUCCCAGAAGGAGCUUAUAAGACAAUGUCAACACUAAAAGAUGCUGGAGUAAAGAUGGCUGUUGUGUCUAAUUUCGAUACCCGGCUAAGAAAGCUAUUGAAGGAUCUUAAUGUCAUCGAUAUGUUCGACGCUGUGAUUAUAUCUGCAGAAGUUGGAUAUGAAAAGCCUGAUGAACGAAUCUUCAAAUCCGCUUUAGAGCAAAUUAGCGUAGAAGCAAACAGAGCAGUGCAUGUUGGAGAUGAUGAAGGAGCAGAUAAAGGCGGAGCAAACGCCAUCGGUAUUCCUUGUUGGUUAUGGGGAAAAGAUGUGCAGACAUUUUCAGACAUACAAGAUCGGAUCUUGGUUUAA